GCACUGACUAUUCACUUUAGGGCCACUACCUACCAGGUUUUAUUCUUUAUCGUUCCCUGUUCUCUUUUCACAAAGGGCCAGCGACUCGUGCUAUCAGCUGAGGAAAGACGAUUGCUAUCGCGUAUGGGUCACAAGGUGCCGACAAUGUUUCCACUGUCACGCAGUGAUGAACGCGUUAUUCGAGCCGUUCGUCGAAAAAUCCGAAAUAAAAUUUCCGCCAAGGCCAGUCGUGCCCGUCGCCAGGAGUAUCUUCAGACCCUCGAGAUGCGCAUCCACAGUUGCCACAAAGAAAACGAGCGACUGCGUUCGCGAGUUGGUGAACUGGAGAAGGAAAAGCGGUAG